UAUACAGGGAGCUUUCAAGCUUUAACCAUGCAAGAACUAGGGACGAUACUAUCGAAAUCACAGACGACGGAACAGGAACAUGAAAAAUAUGUGAAUCUCAGUGUUCAAUGGAAUCGGUGGCUGUUGAAACCGUUGGGUAUCUGGCCAUAUUCGCCUAAUAGUUCAGGAAUAAAGAAAUGCUUAAAUUGUUUGCUAAACGUCGUGUGUAACAUUUUGAUAAGUUUCCUAUUUGUACCAUGCGGCCUGUACGUGAUUCUAGAAGUGAAGGACGUCUACAGUAGAAUCAGGUUCCUUGGACCGAUGAGCUUCUGUAUGAUGGCGUACUUGAAAUACUACUCGAUGAUCUCUCACGGGAACGAUAUUCGUCAGUGUGUGGAGUGUAUCGAGUGGGAUUGGAGGAAUAUUAAACACUUCGAGGACAGAUCUAUCAUGAUUGCGAACGCGAAUUUCGGGAAAAGAUUAGUGAAAAUCUGCACAUUUUUUAUGUACAGCGGUUCCAUUUUUUACUACAUUGGAAUACCCAUUAAGGUCGGAAAGAUCGUGGCGGAAGACGAAAACAUCACCUUCAUUCCGAUUAUGAUGCCUUUCCCGAGACAAAUAAUCGACACACGCUACAGCCCGGCUAACGAAAUCCUCUUUUCAAUUCAGAUUUUAGGGGGUGUUUUGAUUCACGGAAUCUCCGCUGGUGCUUGCAGCUUGAUCGCUGUUUUUGCUGUACACGCUUGUGGUCAAAUGGAAGUUCUGAUAUGCUGGUUGAGACACCUGGUAGACGGCCGACCAGAUAUGCGUGAAACCGUGGAUGACAGAAUCGCGAAUAUAGUGACUCAACAUGUUCGAAUACUAAAAUGUUUGGCUCUUAUCGAGAAAUCAGCAACACAAGUAUCUCUUGUGGAAGUCGCAGGGUGCACUUUAGGAAUAUGUCUUCUAGGAUAUUAUAUUAUUAUGGAGUGGAAUUCGAAGGAUUUAACUGCAUUUGUGACGUUCAGCGUGAUACUCGUAUCUUAUGUUUUUAAUAUCUUCAUAUUUUGCUAUAUAGGCGAGCUCGUCGCAGAACUGUGCACAAGAGUUGGUGAAAUGUCGUACAUGAUCGAGUGGCAUCGGUUACCAGGAAAUAGAAAACUUGGUUUAAUUUUAAUAAUCGCGAUGUCUAAUGCGACGACGAAACUUACAGCUGGAAACAUGGUCAAACUAUCUCUGAAGAGUUUCAGUGACAUUGUUAAAACAUCGGUGGCGUUCUUAAACAUGUUACGAACAUUGACUUGA